AUGCCGAAGAAGAAGGGCAACCUCAAAGCCGCGCUGAAUGGCCAUUUUGCUCAACAGGAGCAAAGGGCCAGAGAACGAGCUGCGCAGGAGGCAGCACGACGCAAAGCACUCUCGGUCACCAAGUCUGGCGCUCCUCAUUUCAAGAACCAAAAACGCAAGCCUCAAGCUGCUCCACGUGAUGACGCUCCUGUUGCGUCUAUGAAGAACCAUGAACUGUCAGAGUCUCAUCAACACAACAAGAGGCGAAAGCGUCUACCGCAACCUUUCGCAAGAGACGACACUAUCCUGAUAGUAGGAGAAGCCAACUUUUCUUUCACACUAUCUCUGCUUCUUCCUCCGCGUGCUCAUCCACCGUCACAGAUCCUUGCAACGGCGUACGACUCGGAAGAGGAAUGCUUCUCAAAGUACCCCGAUGCUCGAGAGAAUAUCGAAACCAUUCGCCGCAUCGCAGGUCGCGACGAUAUCGUGCUUUUUGGCGUAGAUGCAGGGCAGCUUCAAAAGUACAAACAGGUCACCGGUGCUGCUCCCAGGUCAAAAGUCAGCCGCAAUCUCGAUGACAGUUAUCAGGAGACUUCUUCCUCCAGCUCUUCAGGACAAAGGAGAUGGAGCAAAGUGUGGUUUGGUUUUCCACACGUUGGCGCAGGUCACAAAGAUGAAACUCGCAACGUGCUUGCCAACCAACUUCUCAUUCUCCGGUUCCUCGUCUCAGUAGCGCCGUAUCUGACGGUGGGGGCUCUUCCAGCUCACGCUCCUGGAGCUUCAUCAGGGCGCAGCAGAAAAGCAGGGUCAGAUGACGAAGAAGAGGCGGAAGAUAGCUUGGUCGCUGACACCACUGAUCUCGACGAUACUCUUCUCGGAGCAAGCGCCUCCACCGAUGCAGAUCGGUCGAUCCUCAAUGAGACGCAAGCACGCAUUUCAGCACUGCAGCCCUUCUCGCCACCUUCGCGCCAAGGCUCUGUUCUCAUCACCCUUCGCAAUGCCUCACCAUACACGUUGUGGGACAUCGCCAACCUCGCUAAGCGUCUUCCACAGAUGCUACCCGUCAUCGCCUCAACCGCACCUGCUCUCCCAAAGGGUGUCAAGAAGCCAACGCUCAAAGACCUCACCGCGAACGGACUUUCCACCUUGAGUCCCAAUAAUCUUCAUUCUCGCGCCAUUUCGCAGCAAAAGAACAACAUCAUCGGUGGUGGUGGUGGUGGAGUAGAUUCGUCGGGUGUUCGUCGCUAUCGAAGCUAUCACCUGUGGCGAAGUUUCGAGUUUGAUCCCACCGAAUGGCAUGGAUACCAACACCGCAGGACUAUCGGUUGGGUCGAAGGCGUGAGCAGUAGCGCCAACGAGGAUUUGCUUCGGUCGAGGUCAAAUCAGAAAGGCGACCAAGAGGCAAGUGUUAGAGCUAGCAAGGCUGGCGGUGGCGAAUGCAGGACGUGGGAGUUUGGGCUUGGGUGA